CGAAGCCAAUCUCAUUAAAAAUUCAGAACGCUCAAUUCAUUUCUUUGACCUCACUCUGAUUUUCUUCUUCCCCAAAAUCAAAUCAAACUAAAAACCCAAACCCUAGAAACCUAGACCCUCCCCCAAAAAUGGUGUGCAUACGCAAGGCCACCAUAGACGACCUCCUGGCCAUGCAAGCCUGCAACCUCUUCUGCCUCCCAGAGAACUACCAGAUGAAAUACUACCUCUACCACAUCCUCUCAUGGCCUCAGCUCCUCUACGUCGCCGAAGACUACAACGGUCGCAUCGUCGGCUACGUCCUAGCCAAGAUGGAAGAGGAGAGCAACGAGUGCCAUGGCCACAUCACCUCGCUCGCCGUGCUCCGAACCCACCGCAAACUCGGCCUCGCUACUAAGCUCAUGAGCGCGGCCCAGAACGCCAUGGAACAGGUGUUUGCAGCUGAGUAUGUUUCGCUUCAUGUGAGGAAGAGCAAUCGGGCGGCUUUCAAUUUGUAUACGGAGACUUUGGGGUAUAAGAUUCAUGAUGUUGAAGCUAAGUACUAUGCCGAUGGGGAAGAUGCGUAUGAUAUGAGGAAGGAGCUGAAGGGGAAGAAGGUACAUGGACAUAGUCAUGGACAUGGUCAUGGGCAUGGGCAUGCGCAUCAUCAUCACCAUCACCACCAUCAUGAACAUGGUGGUGGGUGUUGUUCGGGGGAGGCAGUGAAACCGGAAAAGACAGAGGCGAAAAAGGUGGAGAGAGGGAAUGCGAAGGCGGAGGCAAGAGCGGGAUGAGAGUGAGAGAGGUAAAUUGGGAACUGGGGAAAGUGUAUUUUCUGUUGUUUUACUUAAUCUAUGGUUUUGAUGCUUACUGCAACUUGGAAAAUGCAUUUGAGAGUUCAGAACUUAUAUGGUAUUUGUAUUAAGGUGUUGACGUUUAAAUAUAUACUCUGAUUUGAGUGGUUUAUGUUGUCA